UACUUGAAGGAAAGGUUAUGCUCGCAUUCGCAUGUUAUUUUGGCGGGAGGUAUUGCCUGCAACAUAACAUGGCAACAAGCUGCAACGACAAGUGGCAAAUUAUGUUUACAUGAAUCCAAAUUUACGUAAACAAAUGCCAGUAUUGCUUGUCGUUUUAUUGUCUUUUGAAUAAUGGACGAAGAUAGUUUGGUGAAACGAAAAAACAAAGCCCAAAGAGAAGGCAAUGGCAAGGUACUCGCCGAUGUUCAGAAGAAGCUGGGUGACUUAUAUUACGAUAGAAAGCAGUAUCAAGAUGCUCUUAAAGCUUACAAGGGACAGCUUCAAGCUUGUGAGUGUCUAAAUGACAAAUUAAACUGUGCAAUAGCUCAUCGAAUGAUUGGAGAGGUUUAUGCUGAUAUUGGAAACUUUAAUGAAGCACUUAAUCAUCAAAGUCUAUACUUAGAAAUAGCAAAAGAGUUACAAGACUUAACGGAAGAGCAACGAGCAUUUGCUACAUUGGGAAGAACCUAUUUACUUGUUGCUGACAGUUUGGUAAAAGAUUCUGAAACAAACAAAAAAAUGGAAGUUUUGCGGGAUGCUAAAAAAGCAUUUUCGAAAAGCAUCAAACUUUGUGAUAAAUUGGAGAAUAAAAUAGAUGUUACAGAGCUAAUGAUGAUGCGAGCUAGGCUACUACUGAAUCUUGGGCUUGUGUUAGAACAGCAAAAAGAAACAGAACAGGCCCUGAAUCUCAUUAAACAGGCAGCUGGAUUGUGCAGAAAACACAACUUACACGAGGAUCUACAUAGAACUAACAUUGCUCUUGCUGGUCUGAAUGAGCGUUUGGGCAACACAGAACUAGCUCUAAAAAAACUUGAUGAUGCUGCAAAGAUAGAUGAUAUUUAUUUAAAAGUUGAUGCGCGAUUACUCAAAGCUGAGUUACUUUUAAAAUUGGGAGAAUGGAUGGAAGCCCAGAAACUAUUGCACAUGUUGUACAAGUCUAAAAAACUUCUGGAGCCUAUCAGGCAACAAGUAAUAAAAUUACUCAAAAUUGCUGUAGUCUUGUGCAAAACAGAAGAUAAGUUAUUGACAGAGUCUUCCCCAGCCGUUAAAGAAAAGUUCUACGAGAAAAUGGGUGAUGCGGCAACUGCAGUCAAAUCCCUGGACAAAGCUGUGGAGUACUAUCAUUGCAUGUUAAGUUGUGCUGAGGAGAGUAACAGCAGUCAACUAGGUGCUGCGCUUACGAGUUUAGCCCAGACACUCCGAGAUGCGGGAAAGCUUCAAGAGGCGAUUCCAUAUGCGCGCCGCGAGCUCGAGCUUUGCAAGGAUCCGAAAGAGGCCUGCAGUUCAGCCCUCUACCUGGCAGGGUUAUUGACUGAAGCCAACUGUUCAUCGCCAGAGGUGAGGCAGAUGUUCGAACGAGCGCUUAGUCACGGUAAGAAAGUUGGACCUGGACUCGAGAGAACGGUACUUCGGGAAUUUAUAGAGUAUCUGGAAAAAAUGGAGGAUGUAGAUCUCGCGGAGAUUACCAGGCUAAAUGAGGAGUUGGAGAGCUUGCCAAAAGAGGAGGAUGAUGAUGAUGACGAAGAAGAGGAGAACACGCCUGAUAUUGGAAUGGAUGUGUGUCUGGAGGAGCUGUCAGAUCUAGAAGAAGAGGUACCUGCACUUGCACUUCCAGCUAGAAACAUAGCUAGGCAUGUUAAUCGCAAGGGCCGAUUCUGCAUUAAAAAAAACGAGAAGGGAGAAACCCAGCUACAUGUGGCUUGCAUUAAAGGUAACAUCAGUGCAGUGGAGAAGCUUUUAGAAGAAGGUCACCCAACCGCGGUUCGUGACAACUGCGGCUGGACUCCCUUACAUGAGGCGUCGAAUCAUGGUUUUGUGGACAUCGUUGGAGUACUCAUCCGCCACGGUGCGGACGUGAACGACCCAGGAGGCGCAAUGAGCGAUGGUGUGACAGCUUUGCACGAUGCUUCGGCUAACGGGCACACAGCAGUGAUACAGUUACUGCUGAAUAGUGGUGCUGACGCGAACCUACUCACCAAAACCGGAGACACUGCACUCGACUGCCUUGAGCAGUGGAGGCAAAGGGUCGGGGACCUGACACCUACAGAGCUCAAGGAGUAUGUUGUGGCAAAGAGGAGAUUACAAGCAAUGACCACUGUUACAGGAAAAAAGAAAAAAAAGAAGGAUCUGGAAAAUAGGAGAUGGAACGCGCUUGUGGAUGAUGAGGAAGAGGGGGGAACCACUUCUGAAAGAAGCAAAACCAUAGAAGACUAUGCGAAACCGGAAAAAAUUUCAGCUGGCGAGGAUUACAAGCGGACGAUCGCAGCGUUACAUCAUCCUGGCCGACAGCAGCUGAAAGUACCGAGCAAGAAAAUGUCAAGGAUCACAGCGCCUUUGCUCGACAGCGAAGAUAUGCUUGUCAACGACGACUGGCUGGAGGACGAUUUGGGUAUUGCUGCCAGUAAACACAAGGAUAAGGCUCCGUCUUACUUUGCCAACAAUGGUCUACCACCACCUACAGCCUGUGAAACGAAUCUGGGUUCGACUAAAAGAAAGUCGAAGAACGACGUAGACGAGGACGACGCAAUAUUCGAAGUUGAUAAGAAUAUGAAGCGUCAAAAAAUUUCGGUUGAAAGAGAAUUGGUGAAAAAAGCGCCAGUAAUUGCUGUGGAUGAAGAUAGCUGCGAUAGCGACAAAACUGUCGACGAUUGGCCUAAACAAAAGAAACCUCGACAGAUGAGUUUACUCAAACAAGGAUUUACCAAAAAUGUGUGUUCAAGGUCACCCUCGCCAACGCUCUCGAUAUCUCCCGAUUCGGUUUUCACGCCCGCAGUCCACCAAGAGAGGCACUCCUGGGACUCGGGUUGCAUUAGUGAGACCGUUGAUCUCGAUAUUGUCGUGGAUAGCGAAUCCUUUGAAUUGAAACUUCAUUUGCGAGAUUUGAGGAAAACGAUGAGUGACAUCGAGGAGCUCAUCAAACACAAGUUUGAGGCGAAGACUGGUUGUCGACCGAAGAUCAAAUUCAAAACUGUGGAUGGUAUUGUUUUGGCAGACCAGGUCAGCCUUGAAGAAGUGCCUCGCGACAGAAACAAGCUCAAACUCUAUGGAGAAAUCGCGCAAAAUGACUUGCUACCAAUCGUCGACAGGUAUAAGAAGGUUUGCGAGACACUUUGUGCAGACAUCACGGACUCGAUGCUCAAAUCUUUGCGCAGCUGCGACAAUACUUCUUCAUUCCGCUUAAAUCGUCUAGAUGCUGAGAAAUCUUUGGAGCCGCUCCUUAAGUGCCUCAGGUACCAGUCAAAUUUGCGUACCUUGAAUUUGUCUGGAGCAACAUUUUUCAAUAUAGGGAAUCUUCUGAAUCGCGCAAUAGCUCAGCUGUCUAGGCUUGACGAGCUGCACCUGCAAUGUUGUGAUUUGGAUUUUAAAUGCCUCUCUUGUAUAGAGGCUUUGCCUAUUAGUAUACGCGUAUUGGAUCUAAGUUACAAUCCCUUGACUGGACGCUGUCAAAAGAUACUUUAUGAACUGCUGAAGCCACUCGAAAGGUUGCAGAAUCUCGCACUCAGGUACUGUGAAUUAGACGAUUUUAGCUUCGUAGUCACGAGCGGGUCUCUUGUGAAUCUGGAUUUAUCCUGGAACCCCAUUGGAGGGCAGGGAGUAGCAAAUAUGCUGCAAAGACAGCUACUUAGUCUAAACAUCAAUAAUACGCAGAAUUUUAUUGGGGGUCGCGUUAACGUUAUAGAUAAAAUCUUCUUCAGCGACUCAUUAGUAAGUUUCUACACUCUGGAAUCCUUAGAAAUCGGUUCAUGCCAAGCCACAGAUCUGGACAUCGAAAAGAUCUUGUCACAGGCUCCGAACCUGACAAGAAUAACUGUUAGUAACAAUAUAAAUGUUACAAAAACUUCUCUGUGUGCGAUUCUUCAAAGAAACCCAACCAUGACCUACAUAAACCUAACUGGUUGUAGAUUAGUUGAAGAACCACCAGAAGCAAAUUUAAAAAUAACUAGUCCGCAGGUUUGCACACUUCUUGUGCACAUGACGCACGAUGUCAUUGAUGCAUGGGAAAAUCUUUGGCAAAGAAAGGGCUAUUCUAAAAAACUGCCACACAGCUUGGUUGUGUUCAAACCGAUAUAACUUAUUAAUAAUAAUUUUGUUUAGUAUUGUUCCGUGGAAAGACUACUAAAAAGUAUUACAUUUUAUAUUUAUUUGUAAGGGUCAACAAUAGCGUAAUCUGAAUGUAAUCUGUAUAUAAUAAAAUAUUUAUUUCUCACUCAUGUACAAAAUAAUUUAAGCUAAUUUUAAACUAUAUAGUUUGUUUCCAA